CCUCUCCAUUCUCCCAGAACAACGAACCACAUCUUGCAUUUCGCUCUCCAAUUCUACUUUAAGACUGACCCAGAAAUCUGCUGGCUCAGUCAAGCGCAUCUCUCAAGUCAAUUUCCAAAGUUAUAUGCAAUCAGAGCCCCAACAAGCUUCCCAAAACAUUCAUACCGAACAGCCCACCCCCUCAACCUCCGAAGCCUCACAGCAUGGACUCCACCCUGAAGAACUGUCAGCCUUGCAUCUCUCCUUGGAUGGAGAUGAUGCAAGAGCCCACCAGGCUUCAUCCAGCCACCACGACGACGUCGCAAAGGUCACCAGCGUCGAGGCAGCGCGCGUCGUGGCUUCAGUCGCGCAAGAAGAGACGCGAUUGAAGCGUACACCAUCACCUCCCAGCAAUCGAAUCUCUGAUUACGAAGCUGAAUCUGCUUCUUCAACCCCAUUGAGGACAUGCAGCGAGGGCCGGUCGUUCGAAGUCGUCAAGAAGCUCUCUGAUAGCGUAGAUGACAAGUCUUACAUUGAUAAACUUCCCAAUGAGGUCCUGACACAUGCAAUCUCGCACCUCUCUCCUACCGAUCUUUCGGCCGUCGCGCUCGUAAGCCGUCGAUUUCAUAGUCUAGUGACAACACCGCACGCGUGGAGGGCUGCAUUCGGCAGAUAUUUCCCUGGCGCAGAGGAAUUGCGUCAAGAAGUAAUCACUUCCUCCAAUGGAUCAGACAUCGUACCGUCGGGCAAGCGCGCUUUCACGAGACUCACUGCUCUCGCGUCGUGGCGAAGCGAAUACAUUCUCAGGACCCGCCUGCUCAGAUCUUUGGCCAGAGGGAAGCCUGUCCGUAUCUCCGCUACUCCAGCCAAUGCGCGUGCUGGCCAGCAGCAAAAUCCCGUACCUAUGACAAUCUACAACUCGCAAUUGUUCACAACGGUCAAUCAUAUGCACGCUGUUUUCGGUACUGGUCUCAACAAGCGAAUGCCGCGUUUCAUACAUGGUGCCGACGAGAUUGGGUCCGCGUGUUGCAGUGAUCCAACUACCGUCAAAGUCGACCCCUGGGGACUCUCUGACCCAACACCAUUCUUUCAGUUUUCCGACGCUUUCCCAGGAGAUUCACAAUGGGGUCUCGGCGCAGGUGACAUAAUUGGAGUACCCAACGUCAUGGAUGUCAGCCAGCCAUAUGGUAUGUUGUAUGGAGAAGGGCAUCCUGGUUGUUCGGCCUACUUUCGUGCCACGGACGAGCUACGGGGACGUGUUCUUGCUGCGCCUUCGGAUGAAGCACAAUAUGACAUUGGUAUGCCAGCCGUGCUUGCUAGUCGGGAAUGCAUUACAUCUGUGUGGAUCGCCAAAUCAUCCAACGUGCCUCAUCUGAGUGAAGGCCUAGUCGGAAUGCUUUGUGGCUUGUCAUGCGGUAUCAUCUCGUCUUACUCGUUGGGUACUGAUGGGACACGAGGUCGGCGCUUCUUGAAAGGCGAAACGACUGCACGAUGGGUAUUGAGCCCUGGAGUCCCCAUUAUUGCCAUAGCUGUCGAUGAUGACUACUCUAUGAAACGCCAAGCCCAAAAUAGGAUCUGGGCGGUAGCUCUGAACGCCCUGGGCGAGAUCUUCUAUUUGACCAAAUUCCCCAAGCUAUCUGGUGAAAAGCGGCGUCCAACCGAUCUAGAACGAGCUUCAUGGGAACGGGGCAGGACCACGCACUGGAUCCUCGUAGAACCUAGUAGGCGGACCGCCCGCGUCAAUCCUUACGACGAUGCUUCCACAGCUACGGGGAGUUACACGCCUCGGUCUUCGUGGGACGGUGAGUGUCUUUCUGUGGCACAGAUACGGGCAGAAACACGUGAAAUGGAAGAGUAUAUGAAGAAGAGGCCGAAAGAUUUCCGUCAGGUAUGCACUGGCUGGGACAUGAGGCGCCGGAUAGAGGUUGACUUUGCUGGUGAUGACGGGCAUUAUGCCGGCGAGUCGAUUGCGGUUUUCGAAUGUGGUCUAGACGAAGAUAGCGUCUCAAGCAUUCGACGCUUCACUCGCUGUAAGCUGGAGGAGCCGUCGGGCCAGAGAGCUUCAUCUCCUUCUCUUACGACUGCGAGCGAGAAGUCAUCACAGGAGUCCUCUUUGUUCGGUGGACCCUCGACACCAGACGCCUUUGAGAGACCUCAACGGCCUCGUCGAAUCUCGACUCUGUCUCUGAGCAGCUCCCCUGAACGUGGCCACCUCAUCGAAGAGUGGCGAUUAUCAACAUUGACAUUUGGAGGCUUGAAGUCUGUUCAACUCACAACAAGCGCAAUUGACUCUUCAAUGCUUGCAACGAUGACUCUCUCAGAAGAUCCAAUAUUCGGAUUCUCCACCAUGUCAAAUGCGUCCUCACCAUUUGCAUCACCGCAAUCUAUGGCAAGCCAGCCGUCAAAUCCGGCCGACGUUCCAGGUCAACGAGCUCGUUUCGUCGCCGCAGGCACUAGCACGGGUAUAGUCCUGCUCUGGGAUAUACGUGCACCUAUCUCCAAAAACGUCGAAUUUGCGAAUACCGUCGAUCCGAUCCGGAUCAUCUUCACCGACUCUCCGGAGAUAUCUUGUUUGGCAAUUACAGGUCUGUAUAUUGUCCACGGUGGAAAUGAUGGCCUCGUUCAAGCCUGGGACCCACUGGCAUCGAGUCCACUACCUGUGCGAACGCUCCACUCGCGACACUCAUCUCGAGCACGACGUCGACUGCAACAAGCACAAGCUUCUGUGCAAGGAGUUGGCAUCAAUUUCUUUGCGGCUGGCGCCAUUUGCCUUGACCCAGAUCCUACAGUGCUACGAGGCAUAGUUUCCAUUGGGACAUUUCUACACUAUUGGAGUUUCAGUUCCUCCGCCGCGGAUCAAUACAAGGGUAGCAAGCGAAGACUUAGACGCGGUGAAAGAGGCAGCAACAACAGUGGCGCAACUUUCUCUGCUAAUCGUGGUGGAAACCUGAAAGGAUACAUCGCGAACGAGAAGUUUGAGUUGGAACUCGAGCAGCGCAACCAGCGCCGCGAAGCCAAUCGCAUGGCUGGUCGCUUUGGCCUUGGUCUGCUUGACAACGAAGACGAAGCACUGGCCUAUGCAGCUCUGCUAUCACAGGAGAGUCUGGAGAACGAGGCAAAGCGGAGACUGAGCGAGAAUAGCGUCCAGAGCAACGACACCGUGAUAGUACCAAGCUCCUCCGAAACGGCCACAACGCCAGUCAAUGACGAGGUCGAUCCUGAGAUUGCAGAAGCUAUUCGCCUGAGCUUGCAGGAGAGCUCUAUAUCAGAGACCCACCAACCGUACUAUUCCUCGCCACCAACCGAUUCAAGCUUGGACUCGUUCAGCAUCCCGAUCAAGUACGCGAAGAACAAAAGAUCGCCAAAAUCCCGUGCAAAGACGACAUUGGCGUCGAACUCGUCGUCGCCGCCAGCUGCUGCUGCGGAAGGGUCUAACAGGGCUGAGCUUGACGAUCUGGAGUACGCGAUGCAACUGAGUCUUGCGGAGGAGAAGAGUAGACUCGAGUCAGUGGAGCAGAAUGACCCCUUUCCCUAUCUGUCAGGCGGGAAAGGCAAGGGCAAGAUGUAGACUGCGUUUCGGACUAGGUUGUGACGCCUUUUCGGUGGGAUUUCAUUUGACUUUCUCUUCUAGGUCUCACUUCAAGUUUAAUAGCUCUUGUUGAUUGUUGUUGUUGUCGUUGUAGACUGCUGCUCAAUAUAUUCAUGCUUUUUCCCUGUUGCUGUCUUGAGUGGCUCAGUAUGCUAUCGUGUGAAGAAUUUCUAAGACCGCUAAAUCUGUCACUGGAAGUCUGAGUAGAACCGACCCAAAGACACGACAUAAGUGUAUGAUCCC